GCGCCCCAGGCGUCUCCGCCUCGCGCCGCUCGCGCCGCCGCGGCAAAGCUGCGGCGCGACGCGUCGCCACGGUGGACUCGCCGCCCACGGACGAGGGCGUGAUGGGCUUCGGAGGAGGAGGCCCCACCGGUGGCGGCUUCACCGCGGCCAACACUGCGGCCCGCCGGGUGGAGCUCACCGAGGAGAAGCGCGCCGGCCGGCCGCGCAUCAAGGUCGUCUACGUCGUGCUGGAGUCGCAGUACCAGGCCUCGAUGACGGCGGCCGUGCGGCAGAUCAACAAGAGCAGCAAGGUCGUCUGCGCGGAGUGCGUGGGGUACCUGCUGGAGGAGCUCCGCGACGAGAGCAUCCAGGAGGAGCUGCGGAAGGACCUGGAGGACGCCAACAUCUUCAUUUGCUCCCUCAUCUUCGUGCAGGAGCUCGCGGAGAAGCUCGCUGCCAUCGUGGAGCCUCGCCGAGAUUCCCUGGACGCGUGCUUGUGCUUCCCGUCGAUGCCCGAGAUCAUGAAGCUCAACAAACUGGGAACGUUCGACCUUCAGCUGCUCUCUGGCGGCCCGCUCGGCAACUUCGCGCAGCAGGUCAAGGACCUGCGGAAGCAGAGCCUCGGGGACAAGAAGCCCAAGGCAUCCGGUGGCGCCUUCCAGGAUAGCCUCCUGAAGCUUGUGCGCACGCUUCCGAAGGUGCUCAAGUUCCUUCCUGGCGACCAGGCCAACGACGCGCGCACCUUUGUUUUGUCGCUGCAGCACUGGCUGGGCGGCACGCCAGAGAAUCUUGAGGCGAUGCUGAUGCGCGUUGCAGGCAAUUACUGCCCAUCCAUCGAGAGCGGCACCAUCGAGGUGGACCAGAUCAUGGACCCCGUGGUGUUGCCAGACCAGGGCAUCUGGCACCCGCUGGCGCCACAGAUCUUCGACACCAUGGCGGACUACAAGGAGUGGUACGACGGCCACUGCCAGCUGGCCGACCUGCCGAAGGACGCGCCGUUUGUCGGGGUGAUCCUCCAGAAGUCGCACAUCGCCACCAGGGACGACGGCCACUACGUCGCCCUCGUGCAGGAGCUGGAGCGCCGGGGCGCGAGGGUGGCCUGCGUGUACACCGGGGGGCUGGACUUCUCGAAGCCGCUGCAGGAGUACCUCUCCGAUCCCUACACGGGCGAGGGCGCCGUGGACACCAUCGUGAAUUUGACGGGGUUCAGCCUCGUGGGUGGCCCCGCAUCCCAGGACGCCGAGAAGGCCAAGGCUGUCUUGACGAAGAUCAACCGCCCCUAUCUGGUG